CUCUAGUGAAGCAAGCUUUUAAGGGUUUAGCAGUUAAAAGUUGGUGCAUCUGUGGUGAUAAAAUCUUUGUUCUAUAUUCUGUUUCUUUGUAUGAUAGCCCAUCCUUUUCAGUCAGUCAGAAUUUCUAACCAGGGAAAUUUCCAUUACAGAUGAAACAAAUGAUCAGGGUAGUCUUAUAUUUUGCUUUUGGGCUGGUUAUUGUCCUCUUUUGGAUGAAAUUACAAACAGCUCUACAAUGAUCGUGCAAGAAAUUGCUUUAAUUUGAAGUUCCUUCUUGACCUACUUGUACAGAAGCACAGUAUUUUUCUUUUUGUUUUGUCUGAAAUAUUCUUUUUAUUUUUACUGUCUUGUUGUGCAUUGUAUAGUUGGGAAUUUAAAAUGAGGGAGAUUCAGGACUGUAUGCUUUUUCCUCAGUAUGUGGACAGCUUCAUUUUACCAGUUAUUAAUUUAGGUUAAUAUACUUAUUUGGUUUUUUUCUGAGUUUUUGUAUCAGUUAUUUUAACUCAAAGCAGUGUUUACUUUCUGGAAGUUAAAAAGGAAAUGCAUAUUCUCUGCAUGUUAAUUAAAAGAAAUCAGAAGGUAUUUCACUGACUGUUGCUAAGAGACCGUUUCGAGACUGCUCAUGGUAGACUUUAGAGGAAACUUUCUAGGGUAGUGUCACACUGCCCCUUCUUACUGACAGUGCUUACAGCCUCUGCAGUGCUGUGCAGCAGUGUUACACUGACAGUGCAUCCUUCUCAUGAAGUGCUAAUUGCCUUGUAUAAAGUGUUUGUUUAUCUGUUCAGCACUAAUCCACUGUCUUUUAUUUGCCAGCGAAUAAAGGGUUCCUGUAGCUGUUGCUCUCUUUGAGGCAGUUUUCGGGAGAAGCCUUCGUAUGUGUACACAUAUAUAUUAAUUUAUAUAUAUAUGUGCUGAGCAGCAACACAUUCAUUGCAUUAUCUGUAUGGAAGUGUCAAAUCAGCCUCAAAAGAGUGGACUGUUUGUGGAGUUAAACCAUUCCAGAGGCUGGAGCUGCUCAGGCACCUGGCCUUAGGCACAGUGGUCAGUCAGACACCCCACAGCAGCUCAGUCAUCACAAUCAUGCCCUGACAUUACUCACGUCCCUAUAUUUAUAAUUAUAUCUCCAUUCCAUGGUUAUUGUCUGCCCUGGUGCCUGUUCCACAAAGCAAAGACAAAGGCUGAGGCUUUUCUCAUUGCCAGAUCCUACCAGGAUCCCACCAGGAAGGCGAUCACUCGUUGCUGUGAGUGAACAGCUGCCGCUCGCUCUCCAGGCACGUCCCCUGCACGUGUGCUGGUGCCAUGUGUGCUCAUCCUUCCCUAGGCUGUGCUGUCAGGAGCAGCUUUUCCCACUGAUGUCUGUGGUGCUUGUAAAGGCACUCAUCCCUCCCUGCCCUUACAUUCCCACCCCAUUCCCUUUGGCAGCAGCAGCCUUUAUGCAGCCGCAGCAGAAUGGCUGCAGACAGGAGGUCUGAGGAUCAGGCAGCUGAAGGAGUUCAUGCUGAUUUGAGGGGUGGCAGGAGCACACAACCAGUGAGGCAAACGGUGUGCUCUGAGCUUAGAUCAUCUUGAAUGAUCAUGAAAUCAUACAUUUGGGAGGAGCAGAGAGAAGAAAGUUAAACGUGUAUCUCUGUAUAUGUUCCUCACCCAUGACUAAUUUGCAAAGGUAUUGGUCAAUGCUUAUUUUGGUAGGCAAUUGACCACACAUUUUCAAAUAUAAUAAAAUGAUAUAUUCCUGGGAAGGGCUGGAAUUAGGACCUAUGAGCAUGUACUCUGGUUUAUUCACUGUAAGUAUAAUGACCUUUCAAUGGAUUGUGAUGUUUGUUUUUCCACUGACUUAAAAUAAACAGUAUCAAAGAUUUGAAUCAUAAGCCCUGUUCUGUUUCAGGACAUACGAAACACCAGUGCAGUCAGAAGUUAAGAGAGGAGCCAGCACCUUCCCCAGACAGCCAGACCCCAUUGGCUCCUUAGUCCCUACUGCUGUUUUCUUCUGUUUAGGGGUAGCAAACAAGUCCCUAUAUGUAUCACCCACAAAGGCUGCUUUGAGUAACAGUAGUGAUCUUAUUUGCUCAGUUUGGUUGAGCCAUCUAUCCUUUGUCCCACCUUACAGAAAGGAAGGUGAGAACAUCAGUUCUACUGGAGUUUCCGCUCUGAGGCUUCUUACAGCUGAGUGGCUCCAGGGUAAUUAGUUCAGAUGUGGAUUCCACCACUUCCUUAGGAAGCCUUUUCCAAUGCCUGCCAACCCUUUCUUUUGUCAUUCUUCCUGAUGUGCAACCAGAAGCUCCUCUGGGCACAGGUUGAUUCCUCGCCAUGCUGCCUCUCAUGGCCGUGUCCAUCUGGCGAUGAAGGAGAUUGCCCAGCAAUGAGGAAGUGGCAGUUCCUGGCCAAGGAAGCAUAGGAAGACAAGGGAACAGUGGGACAAGUGGCUGGGUGACUGUGCUGGAGCUUCUGGAUUCUGCUUUCCAAACUCUUUCUGGAUUUGCCGCAAGAUGACAACCUGUGAUGAGGAAGAGGAGAGGUUUCCCUCUGAAGAGUGUGCAUUAGCCACUGUUUACAUGUGUGAAGUAGAAAGGCAUCAUCCUCAAGUCUUUCAGAAUCAGGGCAAGGAGAGCUUCGCUUCCCUGGAGAAUCCCUUACCUGCAGUGGUUGGAGUCACCUAUGAACUCUGUGCUGGCAUUGUGGACAAGCCAGGCCUUUCUUUAGAAGAAAUUGCUUGUGAGGAAGUCUUGGAAGAGUGUGGCUAUCGCGUUUCCAUUGCAGACCUCAGGAGGAUCACUUCGUACAGGUCUGGAGUUGGUUUGACAGGUUCUAGGCAGACAUUGUUUUAUGCAGAAGUAAAUGACCAGAUGAGAACCAGUGGAGGAGGAGGCCAGCCAGAAGAAGGAGAGUUGAUUGAAGUUGUGGAAAUACCUUUAGAAGAAUCCAUGAAGUUUGCUUAUGAUGAGACUUUCCCGAAGACAAUGGGUGUCAUCUUCAGCUUCAUGUGGUUCCACAACAACAUAGCACCUAAACUACCCACAAAGUAAAGCACCAUGAUUAAAGGAAAGCUUUUCUGCUGGUACUGUGCAUGCAGAAAGCUGUAAAUCUGCCUGCCUCAAUCAAUUCAACUUCUCACAGAGCAGAUCUUUCUUUAAAUAAAUUUGGAAGUAAAAUCUGAGUUAAAAUCUUUACACAAUUUCGAUUAUUAACAAAACACUUACUGGCAUCACUGGGAACACUUGGAGAGGCAAAUGUUGAUUCUUGUGCAAAGGUUAAGGGAGUGUGUCCAGUUCUCCUUUUUCACAGCACUGUGUUGAAGAGCUGCCCAGGCCCUCAGUGCAGCUGCCUCAGGAGCCUAGUCUGUACGUACUAGCAACUGUGUGUUCAUUGUGAUUUUUGACAUUUUUUUGAAGAAAGCAGCAAACCUUAACAUCCACAGAUACCUUAUCAAUGUUCCUGAGUUCAGCACAGCUUUCAGAGAACAGCUUUCUGUGGUGUGUGGCUCCUGUGCAGAGGAGGCGUUUGCAUUUCUGAACAUGCAAACCUUUAUUUUAUAAGCAAACAGGUCUGUAAAUCCUUCUGCUAACAUGUCACUUUGACAAUGGAGCAGCUGUAAGAUUAUGUGCUCCUAUUUGUUGCCAUUACAAUGCUGGGCAGCAGUGAUGGUGAUGGAGGGGUGAAGGAUGGGGGCUUCUGCUGGAACACAUGCUUCUUUGUUUCCUUUAUGGGCAAUACUUGAUAAAUCAGAUCAAACUUUGUCCUCUAGAGCAAGACCAGAGAGGCCGAAUUCUUUUAAUUUGACUAUGAGGUGACUAACACAAGGGAUUUCUCUGAGGUUUUCUGUGGUCUAAGUUUCCUUAUCACCCAAAUGGGAGUAGUGGGACUUACCCCUCUGAUAACACUUCAUGGAAUCUAAUAAUUGGAAGUGCUUUAUUGUGAUUUUAUCAUGAUUUAUGCAGUUUACAUGGAAGCCUGUGCAACCUGCACAGAAGUACUGAGCAACACAAUUUGAUUUAAUAAAGUGGUCUAAUUAGGACGUAUAGUACUUGUUCUAUCAGCAUAGUUUGGAUGUGGACUGUUUGUCAUGUGAAACUAUUGAGAGCAUGAAUGAAAGAGAAUCAAGUCUGCCAAUUUAAUUAUGCACUGGGUUAUGUUAUUCACUGACUUAAUCAACAUGCCCCCAUUAUAUGUGCCUCCAAGAGUACUGAGGUGCUAAGUGUGUUUAGAAGAGGACUGCAAAUAUGCAAACUUGAACUUAACAGCUGGAAUAAGUGCAGCAGAGGUGUCUGAUGGUGUCCAGUGGCUGAUUUUAAAGCACUGCAUAUCUAAAUAGGUGUAUAAAUGAAACAGGGUUUUAAAAAAAGCUUUUAGAAUUGCUGCUUGCUGGUUCUCCUACUGAUAGGGAGGAAAGGUCCUUGGAAAGCCUCUGUCUGUGGAGCCAGACUUUGUGAAAGUUCAGACACAGCUGUGUUGAGCUGGGCCUGGUCCAUGGUGAGUCAAGGGCUGAGUUAUUGUGAGAAGCAAAUAAAUUCUGUCUGUCUGAUGUAUUUACAUUGGAAGGUGUUUUAAGGUGGGGUCUCCACUGCUCUGUCUAGUACAGUGUGUCCUGAUUGCUGCUGAGGCCUUUAUGAACUACUACAGUCCAUAGAAUAAAUAAUGCCUUUUAUUCCAGGCUGUAGUUACCAAAGUUUCUAUUUGAUUCCGUCAAAAUUACUGGUCACACAGCAGCUUGUUAUCUGUUAGAGUCAAGCUAAUAAAUGUGUGGGCAUACAUGUCAAAAGCCUUUUCUCUGUAUAAUGCAGUAAUUGGGAAAAAUAAAAUAUUUUGCCCCCUUCAA